UUAAGAUAGUCUAAAUUCCCAAUUCUCUCAAAAACCCUAAUUCCACACCCAAAUUCCAAACUUGCUGCGCAGUUUCUUGCCAUCUCGACAAUUAGGACUCCAACAAGCUUUACUGCUCUUUUGUAUUGCUGAUGUUAUUCUUCAAAGCUGUAUCAUAAAUCUUCUCCUUUUCCACCGACAAAUACUCUGUUACUCUUCCUUUCUCAACAACCCUAGAUUCCACUGUUUUACCUCUCCCGAACUCAAUCAAGGUGAGAAACUACCAAUGGCGGAAGAAAAUGAAGAAAUAAAAACAUUUAAGGAUUUGGGCUUAUCUGAAUCACUGGUUGAAGCUUGUGAAAAAUUGGGUUGGAAAACUCCACUGAAGAUACAGACAGAAGCUAUUCCUCUUGCACUAGAAGGUAAAGAUGUGAUAGGGCUUGCUCAAACUGGGUCUGGGAAGACAGGAGCUUUUGCUCUUCCUAUAUUGCAUGCCCUCUUAGAUGCACCUCGUCCAAAAGAUUUCUUUGCUUGCGUGCUGUCUCCCACUAGAGAACUUGCUAUUCAAAUUGCUGAGCAGUUUGAAGCUCUAGGUUCAGAAAUUGGUGUCAAGUGCGCUGUGCUUGUUGGAGGAAUUGACAUGGUGCAACAAUCCAUCAAGAUAGCAAAGCAACCUCAUAUUAUUGUUGGGACCCCUGGACGAGUAUUGGAUCACUUAAAACACACAAAAGGAUUUUCUCUUAGUAGAUUAAAAUACUUGGUCUUAGAUGAGGCAGAUAGGUUGUUGAAUGAGGAUUUUGAGGAAUCACUUAAUGAGAUUUUACAAAUGAUUCCUCGAGAGCGUAGAACAUUUCUGUUUUCUGCUACAAUGACUAAGAAGGUCCAGAAGCUCCAGAGGGUUUGUUUAAGGAAUCCUGUGAAGAUUGAAGCAGCGUCUAAAUAUUCCACUGUUGAUACAUUGAAGCAGCAGUAUCGAUUCUUGCCUGCCAAACACAAGGACUGCUACCUUGUAUAUAUCCUCACUGAAAUGGCUGGAAGUACAUCAAUGAUUUUCACUCGUACCUGUGAUGCAACUCGACUUCUAGCAUUGAUCCUUAGGAAUCUUGGUUUAAAAGCGAUACCUAUUAAUGGUCAUAUGAGCCAGCCAAAGAGACUUGGAGCUUUGAACAAGUUCAAAUCUGGGGAGUGCAAUAUUCUCCUUUGUACUGAUGUGGCUAGCAGAGGACUGGAUAUUCCCACUGUAGAUAUGGUGAUUAACUAUGAUAUUCCCACAAAUUCCAAAGACUAUAUACAUCGUGUGGGAAGAACUGCUCGAGCAGGACGCUCUGGAGUUGCCAUUUCCCUUGUAAAUCAGUAUGAACUGGAGUGGUACAUUCAAAUAGAGAAGCUUAUAGGCAAAAAGCUACCUGAGUUCCCUGCACAAGAAGAGGAAGUUCUCCUUUUGGAAGAACGUGUUAGUGAAGCCAAAAGAUUAGCUGCUGCGAAAAUGAAGGAGGCUGGAGGGAAUAAAAAACGGAGAGGUGGGGAAGAUAAUGAUGGGGAAGAUAUCGACAAGUACUUGGGUCUCAAGGAUGGAAAAUCAUCCAAGAAGUUUAGAAGAAGAUGAAGUCAUAUCAUAUAAUCAACGGUGAGUGUGUUAAUGCGGCAGAUGAAUGAAUCAGAUGAAGCCAUGAAAAUUUGAGGCUAAACUGAGUGGUCAUGCAACUUGUGUAAUCCAUUUUUGGGCAAAUUUUGUUACUAAAUUAAAAAAUGUUUCUCCAUGGAUUGAUUAUAAACAACUUCCUAGUGAUACUUAUUUCAAUUUACUAACAUUGAUUCAUAUGUCCUAGUGUAUUUUGUGCAAUUACCUUAGCUUUUCUUUCAAUUUGGGGACAAAAACAAAAAAAGAACCUUGUAAGGUGAUAGGUUUUAUAUUGUAAUUGUGUGGGAUUAAGGAGUUACUCAUCUUGAUUUGAUUGAGUUAAAAAUACAUUUUAAUUUUUACAGUAA